CCAGCCGCCGCCGCCGCCGCCGCCUGGGCCGCCUUCUCACCGAGGCGGUGGAAGUUACAGAUGGGCCUCGGAAGAGAAUGAGCAUGAUUUCCCAUCUUAGUUCCUAUCACUAUCCUGGAAGCUGCUGGAAUUCUGGAGUGUAAUUCCCAUUGAAAGGGGCUCACAUCAGGAUCCAGAGAUGGAACGUUUCCACCCCCUUUGCCACCAGGGUCUGAACCUCAGAGCGCUGAGAGAAGAGACUUAGCCUGGUACCAGUGGAUCUGCAGACUAGCCCCUCCUGGUGCAUCAGAGUGAGCACCCAUUGUGGACCAAUGGAAUCUGUGAGGCCCAGGAACCAACUCAAGGAGCAUCGUCCAAGACUGGGACUGCUGACCUUCAGGGAUGUGGCCAUAGAAUUCACUCAGGAGGAGUGGGGAUGCCUGAGUCACAGUCAGCGGGAACUGUACAGGGAUGUGAUACUAGAGACCUAUGGGCACCUCCACUUCUUGGGUCUCAUUGUAUCAAAACCAGAUCUGGUCAUCUUUUUGGAGGAAGAGAAGGAGCUGCGGGGUGUGAAGAGAAAGGACACGGUAGCCUCACACCCAGCUGUAUCUUCACAAUGCACCCAGAGUCUCCUGCCACAGCCGUCCUUAGAACCUUUUCUCCAAGCAGUGUCAGUGGGGGAACAUAGUGGCCUUGAGAAUGACUUACACUUACUGAUAGACUGGGACAACAAUGCGGAGAGUCAAGGGCAUGAAACAUAUCAGGAAGGACAUAUCCAAAUGGAGACAUCUGCCCAUAAGAAGAAUCUCACUGCCCGACAUGGUGAAAAAUAUCAAGUAUUUGGCAAAACCUCCCCUUUUAAGUUAGCUACUUCUAUCAAGCAGUGUGUUUCAGUAACCAAAACCUCAAAUCAAAUAUUCAAACAUAAAUAUUUGUCAAAAGAAAAUCUGGAAAAUCUGGAAAGUGACCUCAUUCAUGUUGAAAAUAAGAAUUUGAGCCAAUUUGAAAAUAGGAUUGGAUUGACCUUUCAGUCAAAUGUUUCUGAACAUCAUAGAUUGAAAACUAAAGAAGAAAGCGUUAAAUGGAAUCAAUUUGAGGGGUGCGUCACAAAGUCAACCCUAGAAAAUUACCAGAAGAUUCUGAAUGGACAUCGAAUUGCUGUUUAUAAUGAAUCUGGGGAGAAAUUGGACCAGGGCUCAAACGUUAACAAAUGUCUACAUACUCCAUUGCCAGAAAGCCAUUUUGAAUUGAAUAAAGAUGAGGAAGUCUUGUCUCAAAGAUCUAAACAUAUUAUACAGACAAGUACUCAUCUGAAAGAAAAUCCUUGUAAAUAUAACGAACGAGGGAAAGCUCUGAAGCUGACCUCCAGUGCUGGCGAUCAUCAGACAAUUUGUAUGGGAAAAAACGCGUACACAUGUAGUCAAUCUGGAAACACGGUUAGUCAGUCACCAAGACUAAAUACACAGAAGACGAUUGGUCCUGGAGAGAAAGGGUACACUUGUAAGGACUGUGGCACCGUCUUUCAUUGGAGCUCAACACUAUCUCAACCUCAGCGAGCGCGUGCUGGAGAGAAACCAUACACAUGUGAAGAAUGUGGUAAAACCUUUGAGGACUGCUCAUCACUAAACAGACAUGGGCAAAUCCACAUUAGAGGGAGACUUGCCAAAUGUCAACAAUGUGGCAAGACCUUUAACAGGCACUCCUACCUCACUAGACAUCACCGCAUCCACACUGGAGAGAAACCUUACCAAUGUAAGGAAUGUGGCAAGUCGUAUACCCACCCCUCAAACUUUACCAAGCACCUCAGAAUCCACACUGGAGAGAAACCUUACCAAUGUCAGAAAUGUGGCAAGGCCUUUUGCGAGCACUCAGGCCUUACUCGACACCUCAGAAUCCAUACUGGAAAAAAACCUUACAAAUGUAAAGAAUGUGGCAAGGCCUUUAGCCAGUACACAAACCUUACUCAACAUCUCAGAAUCCAUACUGGAGAAAAACCUUACAAAUGUAAAGAAUGUGGCAAGGCCUUUAGCCAGUACGCAUACCUUACUGGACACCUCAGAAUUCAUACUGGAGAAAAACCUUACAAAUGUAAAGAAUGUGGCAAGGCCUUUAGCCAGUACGCAAACCUUACUCAGCAUCACAGAAUCCAUACUGGAGAAAAACCUUACAAAUGUAAAGUAUGUGGCAGAGCCUUUAGCCAGUACGCAAACCUUACUGGACACCUCAGAAUUCAUACUGGAGAGAAACCUUAUCAAUGUCAGAAAUGUGGCAAGGCCUUUUGCGACCACUCAGGCCUUACUCGACAUCUCAGAAUUCAUACUGGAGAGAAACCUUACAAAUGUAAAGAAUGUGGCAAGGCCUUUAUCAAGCACUCAAACCUUAUUCGACACCUCAGAAUUCAUACUAGAGAGAAACCUUAUCAAUGUAAAGAAUGUGGCAAGGCCUUUAACCAGCACUCAAACCUAACUCAGCAUCUCCGAAUUCAUACUGGAGAGAAACCUUAUAAAUGUAAAGAAUGCGGCAAGGCCUUUAAACAGCACGCACACCUUACCAAACAUCACAGAAUUCAUACAAAAGAGAAACCUUGAAAAUAUAAAAAGAACGUCAGUGCCUGUAAGUGACCCUCAGCCCUUACUGGACAUCAGAAAAUUCCUAUUGGAGACUAACCAUACAAAUGUAAACAAUGUGGCAGGCUCCCCCUGAAAGUCAUAACUUACUCAACAUUCUAGUUAUCACAUAGGAGCAAAUCUGUGAAACGGAAAGACAGUGUCCUCCCCUUUACCUAGAAUUCCAUCUUUGCUCAAUAUCACGAAAUGCAACCUUGAUGCAAGCCCUCGAAAUGUAAUGAAUGAGGAAAGACCAUCAUUUUACAAUAAACUUUAGCAAACACCAGAGAGUGCAUAUAUGAAAGUAACUGGAAAGAUAGAUUUACCAAAGUAUUAAAUUGAACAUCAAAAGUCAAUAAUAUUACAGAAAUCAAGUAGAAAGCAGUACAUCAGUCACUCUCUUCAGACACUAUGUCAAAAUACUUGUAGGGAAUAGGAGAAAGUUAAACACUUAGAAAACAUAGGUGCUAUUCUGGUUCCACAGAUAAAGUGGAUGUGUUUUUGAGUAGGUAUAAUUAACUUCAUAAUGUGCUUGCUUUUUUUUUUUUUUUUUUACAUUGACCCUGUUUGGGAUUAGUCAAUAGCAAAUAUUAAUGUAUUUGCCUCUCAAGUCACUACAGAUUACUCAUUUAUUCCCAGCGGGUAUGUGAAACGAUUGGCUGAUUGUUGUUGCAUCAAAGAUAAGACAUGCCCUUCUUCAUUAGGCAGGAAUCGUGCGUAUCUAAUUUUCCACAGAAGAUAAAGGACGAUAUGAUGUACAACAUGUGAAGAAAAUCUAAAUGGAGAUACUCUUUGUGGUUAUAAGAUUGAUGCAAGUUACCAUGAAAUAGGUGUUCAGAACACUAUGCUUCUCCAUUUAUUAAAACUAAAAUCUUCCUGAAUAUUAGAAAUAAAAUGUUUCACGAUAUGGUCUUAAAGAAAAAAGAGGUAGCAGUCCAGUGAAGUACUGGUAGAUCUUCAUAAUAGCAAGAGGGCAUAUGAGUUGAUACAGCUGCCAUGAAGACGUCUUCACAGACACCAGAAAGAGGAUAGCUACCUCUUCCCAGGAAUGGCAUACAGUUGUACAUGCACAUGUCUCAAGAAUUACCUCAGGCUUCAGAUUUAUGUAAAGACUACUCCCACAUCAUUAUGUCAGCAUAUGAAUGGUCUUUUUAACGUUUGUAUUCUGUAUAUUGAACAAGGACUUGUUGAGUUGGGUGGAUUUGAAAUGCACAAAUUAGUCUGUAAAUAUAUUUUAAUUAAUAAACAUGAUGGUUUUAUGUGUUAACAGGGAUAUGUGAUGAAUGAAGUGUGAUUCCUACCAGCGA